UAGUCCUUCGCGCGCGUCCAAUGGGCGGGUGACUCCGGCUGUGUCAUUUGCAUGGGCACGAACGGCGGCCAAUGGGGUGGCACCGCCGAGCCCGUUCGGAACGCGAUGUUUCCACCCGCGCGGGGCUCCGGGGCCGGCGGUGCGGGUGACACAGCGAGAGGCCGCGGAUCGCCGUCCGGAGCCGCCACCCGCCGGCAGCCGCCUCGGGGUACGGGCUCCGCGGGGAGCCGCCCGCGGCGGGAGGAUGUCCGUGGCGGGGCUCAAGAAGCAGUUUCACAAAGCCAGCCAGCUGUUCAGUGAAAAGAUAAGUGGAGCAGAAGGAACGAAAUUAGAUGAAGAAUUUCAAGAGAUGGAAAGGAAAAUUGAUGUUACAAAUAAAGCUGUGGCAGAGCUUCUGUCAAAAUCCACAGAAUAUCUUCAGCCAAAUCCAGCAUACAGAGCCAAGCUGGGAAUGCUGAACACUAUGUCAAAGAUAAGAGGACAAGUUAAAACCACAGGCUAUCCUCAGACAGAAGGACUCCUAGGAGACUGCAUGAUACGGUAUGGCAGAGAGCUUGGCGAUGAUUCUAUGUUUGGCCUUGCGCUGCUGGAUGCUGGUGAAAGCAUGAAGCAAAUGGCAGAGGUGAAGGACUCGCUUGAUAUUAAUGUCAAACAAAAUUUCAUUGAUCCCCUACAGUUACUGCAGGACAAAGAUUUAAAAGAGAUUGGGCAUCAUUUGAAGAAACUAGAAGGACGGCGUUUGGAUUAUGAUUAUAAAAAGAAACGUCUUGGAAAGAUACCAGAUGAAGAAGUUAAACAAGCUGUAGAAAAGUUUGAGGAGUCAAAGGAACUAGCUGAAAGAAGCAUGUUCAAUUUCUUAGAAAAUGAUGUAGAGCAAGUUAGCCAGUUGGCUGUGUUUGUAGAAGCAGCACUAGAUUACCACAAACAAUCUACAGAAAUAUUGGAGGAUCUGCAGAGCAAGCUGCAAAACCGAAUAAAUGUAGCAUCUAGUCGGCCUAAACGUGAAUUUAAGCCCAAACCUGUAAUAACUACAACUCUGGAAACUGGUGAUAAUCAGCAGCACAAUGGGAUUGCAUAUAGUUCCUCUAUAAAGUCAUCAGGUUCUUCAAUGCACGUGGAUCAGCCUUGCUGCCAAGCUCUCUAUGACUUUGAACCAGAAAAUGAAGGCGAGCUUGGGUUUAAGGAAGGGGACAUCAUAACGUUGACCAAUCAGAUUGAUGAGAAUUGGUAUGAAGGGAUGUUAAAUGGAGAGUCUGGCUUCUUCCCAAUUAAUUAUGUUGAAGUGAUGGUACCCUUGCCUCAGUGAUUGUGUCAUUCAAGCUGUGAACAUGAUUUCAUGACUGAAAUGGAUUCACAAAUGUUCUGUCAGUGUGGCAUUCUGUGAAAGCCUUGCUAUUUGACUGACUUACUGACUUUUGUAUGCGUCUUUUUAAAAUGUAUUUAUUUUAUAUUCCAAAAAAAUUUACCUUCCCUGACACCAUCAACCUGCAAAAAAACCCAUACUCAGUUUUUUUGCUUUGUGCCUUGAAGAUCACUGUAUGAAGUGUUUACUGGUAGCUCACUGUUGCUCCCAAAAUGCAUUUAUUUGCUAUUAUUGUAAAUGGUUUUGUUUUUUCCUUUUUUUUUUUUUUUAAAGUCUUUGGUUGCAAUGAUUUUACUAUUAAAAACAAUUUUUAAAAAUACUGUAAGUGAAGCUAACUGUAAUGAGUUCCUAAGUUACUGAUAUCAUUGAGCCCUUUCCAUCUAUCACACUGUAAAUUAUUGUGAACAAGUUAAUCCAUGUUUCACAUUGUAUGUUGACAAAAGGCAAAGUGAUUGUUGUCAAUAUUAUGAUGCUGUUGUACUAAGUACAAGUGCUCAGAAUUGAAGAUUCCUAUAAUUUGCUGACCAAACUUAAUAAAUAUGUCGGUGGGAUAA